AUGGGUGCACCCAACUCUUCGUGGCGUCUUGUGGCGUCUUGUGGCGUCUUGUCUCUCUGUUUGGCGUCGUUGGUCCAUCACAAAGCUUUCCUUGUGACAGCUCUCCCACCCAAGCACCCCCUGCUCUCGUCCGUACUUUUUGGUGAUGCAUCAGCAGCUGCCAUUGUCGGAGCGAAUGUGGCCCUCACGUCGCAGACCAUACAGCCUACAGGUAUCCCCCCUCACGUCGACCUUCAUAGCCAGAUAGAUCAAAGUUUGGCGGUUGUGCGCGCACUUCCUAGCGCGAUCCGUGAGAGCAUCGGGGUUUCGGGGUUUCGACCUGUUCACUACUGGGGGGGUCGAUGGCACCUGCUCCCAGAGACCUUUGAACUACCGUCGGUCGAUGUUGCCACGGCUUGGCAUCUGUGGUGGUGUGGAUCGCCGGCGAGAGACAUACCGCCUUUGUUCAAGAUCAGUUCGCGGGAUUUGACGAAGAAGGAAGGCAAGAUUCUCUGCGAGUGGAACUUCGCGGUGGUCGAGCUUCAGAAGGUGGGGGCGACUGGGGGCAAGAGGACAUUUGUGGGGGCAAGUGAGAACAAGUGGGAGCAAGUGGAAGCAAGUGGUUAA